UCCCUCUGUUCUGUCCAUUCCUGGCACUACAGCAGACUCCAUUUUUCACACUUGCUGCAUACCAGGAGCUGUGCCCAGGCCUUCCACAUGCUGGCUGAUUUGAAUUUUCCCACUCUCUUAUGAGUGUGAUUUUCCAGAUGAGAAGACUGAGGCUUUCACAUCUGGAACCUUGCCCAGAACGUCCACCAUUAGAUGCUCAACACAGGCCCAUCUGAAACCUGAGCUGGAACCCUCUUAGCCCCAGGCUGGACAUGAUCUCUUACUGAGUAGUUGAGAUUUUUAAACUGGUGCUCGUAUGUGGUGACCCGUACUGUCUCAUGCCAUGUGCAAAACGGAACUUACCUUCAGCGAGUGCUGCAGAACUGCCCCUGGCCCAUGAGCUGCCCAGGAAGCAGGCAUCCAGGGCAGUAAGGAAGGUGAUCGAAGACCCUGUCUGAACUGGGCCAUGGGACACUUUUUCAGCUACAGAACUGUGGUGAGACCCACAUACAAGGUGAUGUACAAGACAGUGACCGCCCGCGAGUGGAGGUGCUGCCCUGGGCACUCGGGAGUAAGCUGCGAGGAAGUUGCAGGUUCCUCUGGCUUUGUGGAGCCCAUGUGGUCGGGCAACACCGUGCGGCGGAUGGUGCUUCGGCCCGCAGCCUUCUCAGGCUGUCUCAACUGCAGCAAAGUGACAGAGCUGGCUGAGCGACUGAAGGCGCUGGAGGCCAAGGUGGCUGUGCUGACUGUCCCUGAGCAGGCAGUGCCCCCAACCCUACCUGCCCCUGAAGACCCUGCCCCACUCUGGGGCUCUCCGGCUGCCCAGGGCAGCCCUGGAGAUAGAGGCCUCCAAGGACUGCCAGGAGCCAGAGAGCCUGUGAGGGCCCCACUGCUCCCUCGAGACGACCGAGUGGGCACUCGGGGGCUACCUGGCCCCAUCGGCCCCAAGGGAGAUGCUGGUAGCCAGGGCCCAGCAGGACUGAGAGGCCUGCCAGGUCCACAGGGUCCACCAGGGAGCCCUGGGCAGGCCGGAGCCACAGGCAUCCCUGGAGAGAGGGGACUUCCAGGCCCACCAGGGCCUCCUGGACCCCCGGGCCCCCCAGCCCCUGUUGGGCCACCUUACGCCCAGAUCUCCCAGCAUGGGGGCUCAUUACUGUCCAACACCUUCACUGAGACCAGCAGCCGCUGGCCUCAGGGGCCCACUGGUUCCCCAGGUCCCCCUGGCCCUCCAGGACCCAUGGGUCCCCCUGGACCUCCUGGCCCCACAGGGUUACCCGGGAGUCCUGGACACGCGGGACCCCCAGGCCCUACUGGACCCAAAGGAAUCCCAGGCCACCCAGGACAAAAGGGCGAAAGAGGAGCACGUGGGGAGCCUGGCCCCCAAGGCCUCACAGGGCUUCAGGGAGAACCUGGCCCCAAAGGAGACCCUGGUGAGAAGAGCCACUGGGCUCCUAGCUUACAGAGCUUCCUGCAACAGCAGGCUCAGCUGGAGCUCCUGGCCAGACGGGUCACCCUGCUGGAAGCCAUCAUCUGGCCAGGUGUCCUCCACGACCUCUCUGAAGAGGACUGGGUCGAGAGCCAAGAAGGACACGUUUGUGCCAGGCAUCUGAGAAAGCCCGUUCCCCCUUCAGUGACCACACACCCAGGAGAAUGGCCUUUCAAGACAGCAGGAGUCGGGCCCUGGGGGAAGAGAACCAGAGCUGGGGUCUGGGGCAGGCCCUGGAGGCAUGGGCGCCCCCGGCCUCCUUCGGGGCAAGAGGGGAGGACACACAGCCAACUACCGGAUCGUCACCCCUAGGAGCCGGAAUGAGAGAGGCUGAGGGCAGUGGUGGCCCCUCAGGGUGGACCACGCCAGGCUUCCCUUUCCAGCCUGGACUUGGCCAGCUGU